UGAAAAGCUUUUACAACGCUAACACUGCUUGUUGGGGGUGGAAGACUUUUGUCAGCAGGGGAGCCAACAAACUACACUGCGUGCCUUUUAGUGACACGGCUGGAGCGACAUAAGCCUGUCGCUAAAAGCAGCAUGGUGUAGACAUAGCCAAAGUAGCAAAUUUGGAAGAACCUUCUGAGAGCAGUAGAAAGCCAAGCUGGAGUUAGUGUAUCCAGAGUAAGCAUGGCAGAAGUAUUGAGGGGAAGCUCUUGUGUUGAUGGAGCAAGCCAUCCGAUUAGGAAAACAAUUUUUCCUUCUGAGUGCUCCCCAUUAUUUUCUGGGGUUGGUAUUCAAUCCUUUCACCUAGGAUCCUGUCCCCCUUUUGCUUUCACGCUCAAGCCCCAGUGAGACCAGGUGAAGUGAGUGCAAGUUUGUUUUGGUUUCUUUUUUGUUUUGGUUGCUUUUAGGAUAAUAAAAAUGUUUAUAAUUUAGAUUCUUAUUUGAAUUGGGGGAGUGGUUGUGCUUAAACGAAACCUAUCAAGCAACCUGCAGUUGCAAAGAGAUUGUGCUUUUGGGUGAGGGUUGAUUUGUUGGGCUGUGGUGGUGUUGGCGGGUUGGCCAUGGUUUGGUGAUAGAUCGGCAUUAUUUUUUUCAACAACUUUGUUUCUGCAUCUCUGUCAUGGUUGCAUUUUGCUUCCCAGUAGCUAUGCCUACACACAUGGAGUCUGAGAUAUCUGUUAUAAUUAGAGGGGAGGGAAAAGAUUAAUGAAAUAUUAUUGCCUAAACUACUUUGCUCAAAAAAUCGGUUGGGAGAGGUUAGAACUAGAAAGAGACUGGAGUUUGCUUUUCUCAUCACUACUGAUCAUUGUCAUAAAGGUUUUCAGGCUCCAGUAUGAGAGGAAAACCCAUGGUAUCCCCCUGGAGUUGUUCUGACUUGCAUUGCAAUUUGUCUGCACAAUAUAGGGGGAGGAGGAAGGGGGCUGUGCUAGGAGGUUCUCAAACAAUAACUGUGUUGGAAAAUGACUUUCUUGUGUUUCAGCUUCUUCUGUCAAUAUUUUUUUUCAAGAGCACUUUAAUAUUCACCCUAGCUGAAAUAGACGCUCACAGAUUAUUAUUUCUACACUUUCAACAAUAUAAUUUUGAGUAUCUUGUCUUUGUCCUUUUGGUACAACACUUGACGUCUCCUCGCAUUGAGUCUAAUAUUUUUUCCACUAGGAACCAGUGAACCAUCUCUUGGGAACUUGGAAUGAACAUUGAUGCAGUCUGGAAAUUAAAGGCCAAAUUCUGCUUGUACUCCACAUUUGCACUGGUGUAGCUUCACUGAAUUCAUUUCAAAUGUAUAUUGUGGCUACUUAAGUAAAUUUAGGGCCAAAUUUUGCUCUGAGUUAUGAUGUCAUCAAUUAAAAAAAAAGUAAUGGCAUUCUUGAAAACCUACAAAGGAAACUUAGAUUCUUCAGGCAAAUUUUGGCUGGUAGAGAUUCUGGAUAACAGAUAAAACGAUUUGACCACCAUGAGUUGGAGUUUCUUGACCCGUCUGUUAGAGGAAAUCCACAAUCAUUCAACAUUUGUUGGCAAAAUCUGGCUGACGGUUUUGAUUGUCUUUCGGAUUGUCCUUACUGCUGUGGGAGGGGAAUCCAUCUAUUAUGAUGAACAAAGCAAGUUUGUGUGCAACACGGAACAACCAGGAUGCGAAAAUGUUUGCUAUGAUGCUUUUGCUCCUCUUUCACAUGUGAGAUUUUGGGUGUUUCAGAUCAUUCUUGUAGCCACUCCAUCUGUGAUGUAUCUAGGUUAUGCCAUUCAUAAAAUUGCCAGAAUGGUGGAACAUAACGAACCUGACAAAAGAACCAGGAGCAAAACCUUUUCAAUGCGCUGGAAACAACACCGUGGUUUGGAGGAGACAGAGGAUGACCACGAAGAAGAUCCAAUGAUGUACCCAGAAAUAGAGCUAGAAAGUGAGCGGGAGAACAAGCAGCAGCCAGCCCUCACUAAAGCUAAACAUGAUGGCAGGCGGCGAAUUCGAGAGGACGGGCUCAUGAAAAUCUAUGUGCUGCAGCUGCUGUCUAGGACUAUGUUCGAAGUUGGCUUUCUUGUUGGUCAAUAUUUUUUGUAUGGGUUUGAAGUCAGCCCCACAUUUAUAUGUAGCAGAAAACCAUGCCCACACAAGAUAGAUUGUUUCAUUUCGAGGCCUACUGAAAAGACCAUUUUCCUUUUAAUAAUGUAUGGCGUAAGCUGCCUGUGUUUACUUUUGAAUGUCUGGGAGAUGCUCCAUUUGGGAUUUGGUACAAUCCGAGACACAUUAAACAAUAAAAGAAAAGAGCUGGAAGACACUGAUACCUAUAACUACCCUUUUACUUGGAAUACUCCAUCUGCUCCUCCAGGCUAUAACAUUGCAAUCAAGCCAGAUCAAAUCCAAUAUACUGAAUUGUCCAAUGCCAAAAUGGCCUACAAGCAAAACAAAGCUAAUAUAGCUCAGGAACAGCAGUAUGGGAGCAAUGAAGAAAACAUUCCAGCUGACCUAGAAAAUCUGCAGAGGGAGAUUAAAGUGGCUCAGGAACGUCUGGACCUUGCAAUCCAGGCAUAUAACAACCAAACAAAUCCCAGCAAUUCCAGAGAGAAGAAAUCCAGAGCAGGCUCAAACAAAAGUAGUGCUAGUAGCAAAUCUGGAGAUGGAAAGACCUCUGUCUGGAUUUAAUGUUGGCUGAACUUAUGCUUUUUUUUCUUAGUUAAUGAUAACCAGCAAUUCACUGAAUAAUUACUUUCAUUAAGUGAACAUUUGACUCUUUUUAUCUUCAGGGAUACUAUUGGCUGUCAAUCCAAGCUCUCAAAAAGUGUUUAUGCACAUGUCCUAGAGUUACAGAAUUUUAUUCUUGUGUCUUCCAGGUCAGGAGAAGAACAGGUAUAUUUAAAUCAUUCUUGUUGAACGGUUUACACUGUAUGUACAGUAUUAUGGUGCAUUUAUUAUGCACAAUUUUUGUAUUUGUAUGUUGGACCUCUGCAGUUAUACUUUUUAUAUUAAAAGAAAACAAUACAGAUAACUCUUAGCAUUUUGCUUGUUCUAUUACUGUGGCCAACGGACUUAUUUUUCUCUUUUUUUGUGUUAAAUGUGAAGCUGUCUCUGCUGCAUUUCAGAAGUGCCUUGUACAUGUGCACAGGACAGAGGGUACUUCAGUUACCUAGGAGCUUAUUUAGUGUUGACUGGUUAGCAACAGAGCAGUCAAGGGUUUGGAGAAUAUUUGUUAAUGGUGCCACUGGUUUCAUCUUUAUACAGUUAUGUGCAGCUCACAAAAUGGAAGUGUCAUACUAAUCAGAAUGUGCCAGAAUGUUGCACCAUGUGGUUUAAAUUAUUUAGACAAACAUAUACAAAUUGGAAAUCAUCAGUUCAAAGCAAGAAUGCCAUACAUAAUUGGGGAGGGCAGGGUUUUGUAAGCUUUGCCCAACAGGGAAAAGAGAAACUUAGAGCUACUAUAAAAUGUUCUAAAAAAAAAUAUGGGUAGAAAUGACUGUGUAGUCAAUAAUUCCAUGACAUUUAUGUGAAAUCCAUGGUAAGGUAUUUGUUUCAUAACGUCUUAUAAUAAUACAAAAAACAAUGAGCACAUUAAAUUGUUACAGUA